AUGCCAUACAUUGUUGCUCCAUAUCAAGCUAACCAAAUGAUUUCUCCCCCUGCAUCCGUUGGAUCAGUUCCGCCUCCUUCAUGUACAUCUGGCCUCUCUGCUCCUCCAGCUCAGUUUGGACAACAUCAGCUUGCUUAUCAGCAUGUCCACCAGCAGCAGCAGCAACAGCAAUUGCAGCAACAACUCCAGAGUUUUUGGACAAGCCAGUAUCAAGACAUCGAGCAGACAACUGAUUUUAAGAACCAUAGCCUUCCAUUGGCUAGGAUUAAGAAGAUUAUGAAAGCAGAUGAGGAUGUUAGAAUGAUAGCAGCUGAGGCUCCUGUCAUAUUUGCCAGGGCCUGUGAGAUGUUCAUCCUUGAGUUGACUCUACGGUCUUGGAAUCACACCGAGGAGAACAAAAGGAGGACACUUCAGAAGAAUGACAUUGCAGCAGCCAUCACAAGGACUGAUAUAUUUGAUUUCUUGGUUGAUAUUGUACCGAGGGAAGAUUUGAAAGAUGAGGUACUUACAUCUAUCCCAAGAGGGACUCUUCCUGUUGGAGGUCCAACUGAGGGUCUUCCUUACUACUAUAUGCCACAGCAACAUGCUUCGCAGGCUGGAGCUCUGGGGAUGUACAUGGGGAAGCCUGUGGAUCAAGCCCUUUAUGGCCAGCAGCCUCAUCCUUAUAUAGGUCAGCAGAUGUGGCCUCAGCAACAGCAACCGCCUGAAGAUUCUUGAGCAGGGACGGUGUGGCUUGACCAUGACCGUGAGUAAUGAUGUGAGUGUUGAUCAUCAUACUUUCCACAUGAAGUUAAAUAUAGAUAGUGCCUUACCCUCCUUGUUGCAUCACUCCUAAUCCUGUCAAAGAAUUGAAAACCAGUGGGAAUCGACGAAACCCUUUUUUCUUUCCUUUUCAGCCGACUUGAAAGGUGGUCUCAGUGUACCGCCAUACGCACCCAGACAUUAGACCAAUUGUGACUGGCCCAAUCGGUUUAAUUUCUAAGAGAAAUGCUUUGGUUAUUUGAGUUUCUAGGGGACACAAACUAAAUCAGAAUUUGUUUAACUUUUCUCCUCAUUUUUAGCUCUUUUACUGACCAUUGCUUUGAUGAAAUGGCAUUUGCAG